AUGAACUGUACAACUGUAUCAGCAAUUGUGCACAAUAGAGAUAGGAUUAUGGCACAUGUGAAAGAUGAUGCUCCAGGGAUGAAAAGUACCAUCAUCAACAAGAAAAGAGGACGAAUCUAUGAAGAGAUGGAGCAGCUUCUUGCCCUUUGGGAUGAAAGGCAGAAUCAUCAGCAAGCAAGUUGUAGUCAGGAAAUAAUUCAGGAGAAAGCAUUGUCUUUGUUUGAAGAUUUGAAAGACAUAGAAUUUAAGGCAAGUCAGAGAUGGUUUAUGAUAUUUAAGCAGCAACAGAAUUUGCACUCCCUCAAGAAACAAGGUGAAAGCACAUCGGGUGACGAUGUUGCUGCAGUGGAAUUUCCUGCUACAUUAGCGAAGAUUAUUGAAAAUAAUGCUACCCAAACAAAUAUUCAAUGUUGUUGA